AUGGCAGAAGUCAGCUGUGUCAUCUGCAGGCCAUUCAGAUGGCCAGUUUCGUGGCUCGCUCUGGGCUUUCUCUCCUGCUGCUUCCCUGGGGAGAGGAUGAGGCUCACAGAGCAGAGGAAGCCGCUGCGAAGGGAAUGCACAGUGACACUAAGAAGGUACGGGACUUCUCGUCUGGGAGCCACAGCCCUGCCCACCCUGCCUCUCCGCUCUCCGCCCUCCGCCCUCAGGAGGAGAGCCCGGCCCUUCAGACCUGCGGGCUUCCGGUUUAACAACGCACAGUCCUGCCUGCUCCCUGACCGCCCCCCCUAA